AUGGCCAACACAAGGAAACAGCGUAGCCGGUUCGACAAGGAUGGCGACACCAUCAUGACUAGUAAGGUACAAGACAAGUCUAAGGACAAGAAUAAGAAACCCCGAGGACAGUAUAAUGACGGACUCUCCACGGAAGAACGCAAGAAGCGUUAUGACAGCAAGGCAUGUCUCCGAUGCGGUGAAGUAGGACACUUCCGCAGAGAUUGCCCAAAAAACGAAGUCAGACAAGGAGCGGUCAAGAUUGGGAUGAUUCGGAUACCAACACCAUACCCAACUAAGAAGCCAGAUGAAACCCUCAGCGACCUAGACCUGUACGAAGAAGCAAGACAAGCCACCGACGAGGCCUUUGAGCUAGUACAAGAGGCAAUAGGACUCCAAGACUUCAAGUGGGACGCACCACUACCAACGGAUUGGCAGAUUGAAGGGGCCGAAGUACUACGCCGCCUAAGAAACCAACAGUGCUGGAUUUGCGGAACCAAUGCACAUCAAGCCAACGAUUGUGACAUCGAUGGACGAGUCACAAUCUCGGGACCCCGAGCAGAUAAGAUUGCCUACAGGGCUGCCCAGGAACAACCCAGGUUCAAGGAACCUGAUGACGAGGAGACACCUCGGACGUUCAAGGAACGGAUGGAGCAACACGAGCGCCUAUGUUGGGUCGACUGCCCAAGACAGUGUGAUUAUCACUUGAGGAAGCGAGAAGAAACUAGAGACAACGAGGACGAUUGCUGCCAUACCAAUUUAUGGCAUAACGAGUGUCGCGUACAGCAUUGCCACAUGCACCAGCCCGGAGAAAAGGAAGCUCACGAAGAGUUGUGUUGGAUCAAGUGCACGAUCGAUUGCCAAUUCCACAAGGAACAGCGACGGAAAGCUAGAAGGGUAGACGACUACUACCAUAGCACGAUUUCCGCCGAAGAAUGCAUAGCAAAAAACUGCAGAAUGCAUAGGGCCCAAUUCGAGGAUGCUCGACAGGUAGGCAACCACUACUAUAGCAUCCUACCAGCGAACAUUUGUGAGGCAAAGGAUUGCCCGAUUCACAAAAGCAAGAAGCCGGAACCAAGGAAGAGGGCCACGCAAUAG